AUGGGGCUUGACGGCGUGGUCGUCUAUCUUGAUGAUAUUUUGAUUUUCGCCGCAACCAUGGAAGAACACGGCGGACGUCUCACAGCCGUACUACAGAGGCUCAGGCAAGCUGGGCUAAAAGCAAAACGGGGGAAAUGCAUCUUUGGCGUGCAAGAGCUUGAGUUUUUGGGACACAUCGUCAACACAGAAGGCGUUCGACCUUCUCACAGCAAAAUACAGGCUAUCGCCGAUGCUCCACCACCCACAAACAAAGCGCAGCUGCAGUCCUUCCUGGGCCUGCUGGCAUUCUACUGUAAAUACAUCAAAGACCGAGCUACGAUUGCAGAGAGUCUGCAGAGGCUUUUGGAUGCGGAAGCCCCUUGGCGUUGGGAAGAAAAACAUCGGAGGGCAUUCGACGAGCUGAAAGGAAGGUUGCUGUCCGCUCCUGUCCUCCAGCACUAUGACGAGAAGAAACCCCUUGUCCUGUCCCGUGACGGCUCGCCGUACGGACUCGGCGCAGUCCUGGCACAGCCUGACGAUCAAGGAAACGAAGCUCCAAUUGCAUUCGCUUCGCGCACACUGGGGAAAGCUGAGCGCAACUAUGCACAGUUGGAUAAAGAGGGCUUAGCCAUCGUGUUUGCAGUGACACACUUCCACCAGUAUAUCGCAGGGAGAGAAGUAAUCAUCUACAGCGACCACAAACCCCUACUGGGCAUCAUGGGCGCGGACCGCCCGAUUCCUGCAGUUUUAUCUCCACGUAUGACAAGAUGGCCGGGAAAACGCCAUCAAAACGCCGACGCCCUCAGCAGACUGCCUCUACCUCUAGAAGAGGAUGAACCGGCGGGACCUGGAGAUGUGCUCAUGAUCGAGGCAGUUUCCAUUCCCCCUCUCAUGACUUCGGCUAUUGCGCAGUCAACUGCACAGGAUACAACCCUCUCAAGAGUGUAUCAAGGUGUACAGUCGGGUUACGUCUCAGAUUGGACCGGGAAAGAUUUUCUGCCCUUCAACGUAAGAAGGAACGAACUUUCUACCCACAAAGGUUGCUUACUUUGGGGUUCGCGAGUGGUUAUUCCCCCAGCGCUACAGUCGCAAGCUCUCACCCUGCUCCACGCUGGCCACAGAGGAAUGACAGCCAUGAAGCACGCUGCAAGAAGUUAUUUCUGGUGGCCACAACUCGACACCGCCAUCGAGAACGCCGUAAGCAGCUGCCACACGUGUCAGCGCUAUGCCAAGUCUCUGCCAAGACAACCACCACCACCGUGGUCUCGUCCUCGUGUCGCUUGGUCUGUCCUCCACAUGGAUCUCGCUGGACCGAUUCACGGCCAAUCCUACCUUGUUGUAGUUGACGCCGUCACGAAGUGGCUCGAGGUGCGACCCGUGUCCACCGCAACAAGCUCCACCCUCAUCGACGCGCUACGCGCCAUCUUUGCCACUUUCGGACUUCCGCAACUCGUGGUCAGCGAUAAUGGUACCGCCUUCGUUUCCAGCGAGAUGAAGUCGUUCUUCAGCCGCAAUGGUAUCCGCCACGUAACCAGCGCCCCUUAUCAUCCCGCUACAAACGGCCAGGCGGAGAGGAUGGUUCAGGAGCUAAAGCGGGCCCUGAAGAAACACACCCAAGGAAGUAUUCAGUGUCGUCUGUCGAGAUUCCUCCUGAACCAGCACACGACAGCGCAUGCGGUAACCAAGGAGACGCCAGCCAAACAAAUGUUUGGAAGGGAAUUGAGGACUGCCCUGGACGCAAUUCACCCGCAUUACGAGGACUCGCCCCCCGACACCCAAGCCCAGCUUGACGACCACUUCAAGGUCGGCCAGACCGCGUGGUUCAGGACUCACCAAUAA